UAUGUCCAGCUACAGAAGGUUAUUCCGUGCCCAGCGCCUAAUAAAUUUGAUGAAGGCCAAUCGCGGAAUGACCAGUACUGGCAAGCAACCGAUUUUCGAUGUGGAGACAAGAAAGGACUUCGAGCAACGUGUGAUCAACAGCGAUCGGCCGGUGGUUGUGGACUUUCAUGCCAGCUGGUGCUGUCCCUGCAAGGCCCUGGCCCCUCGACUGGAGAACGUUGUGUCCGAGCAGGAAGGUCGAGUGAGAUUGGCCCGGGUCGAUAUUGAUGAGCACGGGGAACUGGCCUUGGACUACAAUGUGGGGUCCGUUCCCUCGCUGGUGGUCAUCAGCAACGGCAAGGUGGUAAAUCGAAUGGUAGGCCUUCAGACCAGCGAAUACCUACGUAAGUGGCUCCAUAAGGCGGUGCCACAACCGCCACCUGAGGAUACGGAGAACUAGAUCAGCAUGUAUCUAGGGAGUGAUAACACGUUCUUUGUAGGCUUGCAUUCAGUUUUAUUAAACCACGUACUCAGCAA